AUGUCAGUAAACAAGAAUGGGAUGCUGCCCUUUCCACCACCCAUCAGCAAAGACAGAGUCAUCUGGGAUUUUCCAAAGUGUUACAUUCCUGAAGCCAGUCUGCAGCUGAAGCAGGACUGGGACCCUCAGACCAAAGAAUCUUGUAAAGACAGAGCAUGCAGAAACCAACCAUGGGAUAGGCAGAAGAUGUCGAAAGUGGUGGUUGUUGGAGACCUGAAUGUGGGAAAAACAUGUCUCAUCAAUAGAUUUUGUAAAGAUGUUUUUGAGCGUGACUAUAAGGCCACAAUAGGAGUGGACUUUGAGAUUGAGCGGUUUGAGAUGUCAGGAGUCCCUUUCUCUCUGCAGAUUUGGGACACAGCUGGGCAGGAAAAGUUUAAAUGUAUAGCUUCUGCUUAUUACCGGGGUGCACAAGUUAUCAUAACAGUGUUUGACAUGGCUGAUAUCAAGUCUCUGGAUCAUACACGACAGUGGCUUGAAGAGGCCAUGAGAGAAAACAAACCAGGCUCCUGUUUUGUCUUCUUAGUGGGAACCAAAAGUGAUCUACUGUCCUUAGAGGAAAGGAGGAGAACCGAGAGAGAUGCUGUCAAAAUUGCGAUGGAAAUGAAUGCAGAGUUUUGGGCAGUUUCAUCCAAGACUGGGGAAAAUGUGCAAAGAUUUUUCUUCCGAGUAGCAGCUUUGGCCUUUGAGAGCUGCAUUUUGAAAGACCUGGAAGAUGGGACCCCUGCCCACAUUGGCCUGGGCAACAGUAUUAAAUUUGAUAGCACAAAUCUGGAGACAGCCUCAGCACAGGAUGUGAAGACACACUGCUGCUGA